AUGGAUGACCUAAUGACAGAAUGUUGUGACAACAAGGAAGGAAUGGAAGUUUAUAAGCAAAUGACGGACCUAUUGGCUAGAGGUGGAUUUAAGCUAAAAAAAUGGAACAGCAACAAUGGGGAACUAUUAUCACAAAUAAGCAUAAAUGAAAAGCUAGCAGACAUGAAUGAAGAAUACACACCUGAUAAGGAUAUGUUGAAGGAGUACAAACAGAGAAGGGAAAUGCAGGAAGGCAACAUACAGGACAUACAAAAUAUACUAAAACUAAAGGAAACUGAAAGUUUGAAGGACAACAAUGAAAUCGAGGUCAAAACAGAGAACACAACAAAGAUUUUAGGUAUUAGCUGGGACCGAAGUGAAGAUCAUUUUCGUUAUUCAAUGAAUCUUCCGAAGACGACGACUGGGGCUGAAACAAAAAGAACAAUAUUAUCAAUUAUAGCACGACUAUACGAUCCUUUAGGAUGGAUCGCGCUAAGCAUUAUUUUAGCAAAGAUGUUGAUUCAAAGGUUAUGGCUAGCUUAA